UCUCUCUCACACAACACAACCUUCAAAAAUGGAAGAAACAGUAGUAAUGUUCCCAGCUGAAGGCAUAGGGCACAUUGUUGCCAUGGUUGAACUUGCCAAGCUCAUCCAAACGCACCGUUUUUCCGUCACCGUCCUCCUCACCACCGGCUUCCUCGACCACCCCUCCAUUGACGACUACAUCCGCCGAAUCUCCGCCGUCCACUCCUCCAUCUCCUUCCUCCGCCUCCCUCCCACCACCCCCGCUACAACCGCUGUUAGCUUCGGCGACAAAUUCUUCAGCUUCAUCAAAAGAAACGCCCCCCACGUAGCCACCACCCUCACUCAAAUCUCCAAAACCGCCAUCGUCAAAGCCUUUGUAAUCGAUCUCUUCUGCGCCUCCACCAUGGAAUCAGCCUCUUCAAUGGGAAUCCCAGUGUACUUCUUCUUCACUUCCGGCGCCGCCAUUCUCGCUCUA